UUUAAACUAGCAUUGUAAAAUUAUAAAUAUGAUUUUCCAUAAGAUUGACCGUUAAUUACCAACCAUGUUUGCACUGGCCUACAUAUUACCCUUGCUUUAUACAAAUGUUCUAGCCGGUGUCGUACUGCAAGAUCAUUCCGAUGAAGGGCCUCUCAUUCUAACACCGUAUAUUGAGAUAGGAGAAACAGAGAAAGCGAAACACCUCUCCGCGGUCGACCCGAGCCUGUUCGCCGGCGUCAACAGUCAUGCUGGGUACUUCACCGUUAACAAGACACAUUACUGGAACUUGUUCUUCUGGUACUUCCCCGCUCAAGUUCCUUCAGAGGACGCACCAUUGCUUGUUUGGCUGCAAGGUGGACCAGGGGGCUCUUCCCUAUUCGGGCUCUUUUAUGAAAUAGGUCCUUUUAGAACUGAUGGAAAUACAGUUGAAAAACGACCAAUUCAUUGGGGAAUAGACUAUUCGUUGAUAUUUAUUGACAACCCAGUUCAUACUGGCUUCAGUUUCUCGAAUGGUAGUGAUUACGCUACCGAUGAAGAUAUGAUCGGUGCUGCUCUUCUGAGCUUCAUGCAACAGUUCCUUGAAGUGUUCCCUGAAUUAAGACGAGCGCCUCUAUUUCUGUCGGGAGAAUCUUACGCAGGGAAAUACAUUCCGGCAUUUGGACAUUACAUUCAUAACAACCAAGAAAAGUCGAAGCCAAUUAAUCUAAAAGGGUUAGCUAUCGGGAGCGGCUGGACAGACCCACCGACAAUGCUGCACUACUCAGAAUUCAGCUUGCAAGUUGGGUUGUUAGACCAACUGCAGGCUGACGAACUACAUCAGAUGGAGGAGGAAGCUAGAAAACAUUGGAAAGAGGGGAAUUUUCAAGAAUAUGCAAAGCUUUCUGAGAAAAUGGCACCUUAUUUGCAAAAAACUGCAGAGGUUAAUGUUUACAACUAUCUGGCAUCACUUAAACUUGCACCUCCUAAUAAUGAAAUAACAAUAUUUUUAAACAAGCCUCAAGUACAGAGCGCUCUCCACGUAAAGAAAAUGGAAUACAAAAUGUUAAAUAAUAAUGUCUACAUGUAUCUAUACGAUGACCUGUACAAAACAGUGAAACCUUGGUUGGAGGAACUCUUGGAACACUAUGCUGUUAUGUGUUACAAUGGACAACUGGACGUGAUUGUUGCUUACGCACUAUCGGUACACACCCACCGAAGUCUGAAGUGGUCGGGAGCCGAUGGCUACCUAAACGCUAGGAGGGUUCCUGUAUACGAUGCGAAAAAUGAAAACAUUGCAUUUUACGUGAAGACAAAUGGGAGCUUCGUAGAUGCGAUGGUGCGAGGAGCUGGUCACAUGGUUCCCGCUGACCAGCCGGAGGCCGCCAAGCAGAUGAUUGACUGGUUCAUUAAUAAAUACAAGUAACACAAUUAUUUAUAUCAUUCCAAUAAUAAAUAUCACGUCCAUGAGCAGUGUUUAACUUUACUACCCUUACUAUCGUAUCCGUCACUUUCGCCGUCCUUUA